AUGUUCCUCUGGCGGCGCGCCUUUCCCCACUCCUCCUCCUCAUCAUCAUCAACCCCUCUCCCUUCCUCCAAACCCAAGCCCACCCCAGCCCCCCCAGCCGCAGCCGCAGCCGCAUCACUCCCCCCCACCCCCACUGCCCAAAUCCCACCUCUACCCGACCCAUGGCGCAAACGCAUCCUCAUCAUGGGCCUGCGCAGAUCUGGGAAGACGACAGCCAGGGAAGUAGUGUUUCAUCGGUUGCCCCUCAAUAGGGCGUUUUUUGUCGAUACGACGCUGGACGUCGUCAAGGAGGAUGUUGAGUGCGUGCACCUUCCCCUCCCUGCCUACAACUUCUCACAUGUGCUUCUUUUUCUCCUCCUUGUGACUGUGCUUGUGCUCGCGCUUGCGCUGGCGUUUCACAGAUUCUGGAUCCCCCUCCAACUAUGGGAGAUCCCCGGCUCCCAAUCCCUCGACAUCCUCCCCCUGCACAGCUCCCACCUCUCCCACUUCUCCUCCUUAAUAUGGUUCAUCGACGCCGCAGACGACUAUACAGAGUCCCUGCGUUCCCUCCUCCGAGUGCUGGGGACCGUCUCCCUCCACAACCCGGGGUUACACGUAGAUGUCUUCGCGCAUAAGAGUGAUGCCUGGGACGAGUUCUACCGGCAGGACGCCUUUCGCCAGAUUCAGGAAAGAACGCUUACGGAACUGGAAGAUCACCCCUCUCCGGGCGUGCAGGAGAUGGCAGGGAGAGUGCAGUUUCAUCUCACGAGCGUGUAUGAUCAUAGUGUGUUUGAGGCGAUGAGUAGGGUCGUGCAGCGGCUUGUGCCGACGUUGGCGUUUUUGGAGCAGACGCUGAAUUACUGGAGUCAGACCCUAGACAUCCCCAAAUGUUUCCUAUUUGACGUCCCCUCCCGCCUCUACAUAACCACCGAUGCCUCUCCGGUCGAUGCGGCGUCACACGAUGUUUGUUGUCAGUAUAUUGAGAAUAUCGAGGCUUUUGCUGGGCUUUUUGCGUGCGUCUGUCUCCCUCCUCCCUCCCUCCCUCUCUCUCCCUCACAGUUCUACCCAUUCCCCAUUCCCUAUUCGCGCACGCCUAACCCACUCCCCAGAAACAUAUCCCGCCCCUCCCCCCCCAACCCCCAAGAAACCCCCACAUACCUCGCAAGCUGCAGCGCCAAAAUAGCGCAGGAGAACACCGUUGCUUAUUGGCAGAUCUCAAAACGACUCGCCAUAGUCGCCCUAGUCCAAACCCAGAUGUACGACACCCACCGGGGAGCGAUCGAGAUGAACGUAAAGUCUUUACGGGAAGCGCUGUUGAGACUCGAAGCGCAUGAGGAGAGGAAACGCCGGCCGCCGCCGCCUGCGCCUGCUGUGCCUCCGCCUGCUGUGCCUCCGACUGCUGUGUCUCCGCCUGCUCCUGCUCCUGCUGAGCUGGCGCCAGCGCCGGGGAUAGAGCCGGGGAUAGAUGGCACGCACCCUUCGCCCGCUAUGGGCAAACCAGGGACUGGAUCGAGCAAGAGCGAGAAUAGCAGUCUGAGGACUCCGAGCGUUCAUCUUCCAGAAAGGGGGAAGACGGAUGCCUGACCCUCACUUCUGCGAGCUGUGCUGCACUUCAUUCUGACUUCGACGCCGACGCCGACGCUGAUGCUCUCCUGUGUUGUUCCCUUGUGGUUCCUUGUGGUUCCGUUCCUGCUUGAUGGAUGCAUUUAUAACCGCAUGUUGAUCUCCUGGUUUUUCGUGAUAUCUUACUUUGACCUGCCCCUUCACCUUCACCGUUCCGUUCGAAUUUGGGACUAGAAAGUUUAAUCACCCCUUUCUUCUUUCCUUUCCUUUCCUUCCUCUCUUUAACACUUCCACACUUCACCCUUCCGCACUUCCGCACUUCCUCUUCCUCUUCCUCUUCCUCUUCCUUUUCCACCUUUUGCUGGCCAGAGCAGACCAUCUUUCCCUUCUACCCCGGGGGUGGGUCCUAGAGAACAGCACCCGAGACGAACCGCACACCUCACCGAGGCGACCGCAAGCUGCAGACUGCAAGCUGCAAACCAAACCAAC